AUGCCCACUGAAAAAUAUCGAGGCAGAUUACAAUUCGAUGACGCUCUAGAGGCUAGUGGUUUCGGCAAGUACAAUUACAGCUUGUUGGGGACAUGUUGCGUCCUGAUCCUCACGAUGUUCGUGGAUAUUUUUGGCUUUUCUGUGCUGCUGCCCAGUAUUUCCUGCGAUUUAGCCCUCACUAAUAACCAACAAGGGUUACUCUCAGCUCUACCACUUAUCGGAACAAUGAUAUCGUCGUACGUUUGGGGCUUAUGCGCUGACACCCUGGGUCGCAGAAAGACAAUUUUAUUGACAAUGCCUAUUGGGUCCUGCAUUAGUCUGCUCACCAGCCUGGCGCCGAACUUUAUCGCACUUUGCAUUUUAAGAUUCUUUUCGGCUAGUUUUCUCUCAUCAGCGAAUACAGCCGCGUUCGUUCUCAUGGGGGAAAGCGUCCCGAGUCAUCACAGAAGUCAGUUCAUGUUCUUAAUGGCAUGUUCAACGAUGAUUGGGCAACUGAGCACAUGUUUGCCGGCUCUCGGGAUCUUCAGACUAUCGUUUCACAUUAAGGUCCCAUGGCUUCACAUGGUCUAUCGUCCAUGGAGACUGCUGCUACAAAUUCUUUGCCUGCCUGGUUUCGUAAUGAUAAUUGCCAUGAUCUUCUUCGAAGAGAGUCCUAAAUUCCUUCUUAGUAAAGGAAGAGAUGAAGAGGCGUUGGAGGUUCUAAAGAAAAUAUUUAAACGGAACACAGGAAGUGAUACGGCGUUAUAUAAGGUAACCUCGGUAUACCUGGAGCAGUCGGAAAUGACAAAUAGCACGGAAAAGUCUAUAAUGAAGAAAGUCUGGAACCAAACGGCGCCUCUCUUCAAACCUCCUCUACUUAAAAACUCUUUAAAGCUCUACUUCAUAUUAUUGUGCGCUUACAUGACGUCCACAGGCUUUACAAUGUGGAUUCCAACUGUCACCAACGCCUACUUCGGCAACGACAGCCCGACGACCGGCAAGACUUUCUGUGAAAUCGCCAGUUCUGCGGCCCGACGCACUCUGUAUAAGAACGGUAGCUCGCUUAUAAUAGAAGAUUGUGAUAACAUCAUCAAGCCAAACACCUUGUAUGCUGUAAUGGUAUAUUCAGGUCUUUGCGGAGCUCUAAACCUUCUUCUUACCUUCUUAGUUGGGCCUAUAGGAAAAAAGACCACGACGUUAAUAAUAUUUAUAAUCACAAUUUCUUGUGGGGUGUUCCUUCUCUUCGUCAGGAUUCCAAUGUUGAGCAUUCUUCUGUUUUUCAUCUUCCCCUAUGUGGCCUUAAUCUUGGGAAAUAUCAACACGUACUUGGUGGAACUAACUCCUACGUAUUUAAGGGGCAUGGCUACUUGUUUGUCAAUUCUUGUUGCGCGAGGUUUCGGAUUUAUCAGCGUGCAAGUCAUCGCCAGUCUCUUAGCAGAUUACUGUGUACCCCUGAUAAUAUCAUACGUUCUACUCGGACUAAGUGGAUUAAUAGCGGCCUUUUUCCUGCCAGCGGACGUCAGAAAACCUGUAACUCAAGAGGAAGCUUGCAAAAAGUACACUGUCAGCUCGGAGUCUAUUGAACGAAAUAAAUAUUAA